AUGACUCACAGACGGGUCCUCCUCCUGUGUUGCCUCUGGGCUGUUUUGCUUCUGUCCGCGCUGCAGGAGGGCUCCGGCGCAUCCGUGGGCAGCCGGCAGGCGGCCCCAGAAGAGGCUCAGAGAGGUGUGAAGCAGAAGAUUUUUAUGCAGGAAGCAGACGCCUCCAAUUUCCUCAAGAAGCGCACCAAACGGUCCUCCAAAUCCCGCGAGGAGGCCAACGCGGAAAACAGGCAGAAGCUACGGGCUGAUGAGCUGCGGAGAGAAUAUUAUGAGGAACAAAGGAAUGAAUUUGAGAACUUUGUGGAGGAACAAAAUGAUGAGCAGGAAGAACAGAGGCGGGAGGCUGUGGAGCAGUGGCGGCAGUGGCAUUAUGACGGGUUGUAUCCUCCCUACCUCUACAACCGCCACCACAUCUGA